AUAAUAAUAAUAAUAAAAAUUAAUAAUAAUAACAGUAAUAUUAUCGCCAUCAGGUUCGACUGUACCAAAAACUGCAUAAUUGUAUAAUAAUAAUAUCGCCAUGGUACCUCAAAAUACGACGUUAGUCGCCGACCCCACGUCGUCUUCGUUUAACCAGUCCGUAAUGUUUGGUUCACAACUAGUCGACCCCGGCUCGCACACACCUUACACAGACGCCACCAACUGCAAGAAGUCGUCCAGUCACGUGAAGCGGCCCAUGAACGCAUUUAUGGUCUGGUCGCAGAUCGAACGGCGCAAGAUCUCCGAGGUGCAACCGGACAUGCACAACGCGGAGAUUAGCAAACGGUUGGGCCGUCAGUGGAAGUUACUCAACGAGCACGACCGCAAACCGUUUGUGGACGAAGCCGAACGGCUACGCGUGUUGCACUUGCAAGAGUACCCGGACUACAAGUACAGACCGAGGAAGAAGGCCAAACUCAGCGGCAAGGCCGAGGGUUCGAAUAACACCAGCAACGCCAGUAGCGUCGGUACGACCAGUACGAGCAAAAUAUCGAAGGGUCCUGGCCACAAGACCCACAAGACGGAGAAAAACAGCUCCAAUAAGCAUCGAACAAAUGGCGGCGGCGGAGUAGUGAAGUCGAGCAAUGGCUUGAGUAGCAACGGUCACACCAGCAAUACGGCCAACCGGUUAAAAUUAAAGCUGACCAUCGAUAAAAAAUUCAAAGAGAGCAUCAAAGCAAGCAAGCAUGUUUCAGUACCUUCCAGUCAGCUAACGCCGCCAGCUAAGGUUCCAUCCAGUCCGUCUCUGUAUGCACCACCGACGCCCGAAGCGGUCAGCUUCUACCCAGAAGAAGCGUUCGAGACGCCGGCUGCCUCGCCCCAGGAGCUCAACUGUGUGACAAAUGCGACGGUGGCCGGGGCGGCCUCGGCGGGCGCUUUCCAAGUGAUUUCUUCCACGCAGUUGACUGCGACCGCCGUUGAUGGCAAGCUCUUGUACCAGUCAGCACAGAUCGGCGGGACGACGACAUCGUUGCCCACUUCGACGGCCCUCGCUGCCCUCGCCACGGCUGGUACGGGAGCUGCUAUGGUUGGUCAACAACACUUAUCCCUCACCGGUCAACAGACCACGACUGACCAACACCAGCACCAGCACCAACUGCAGCAGUUGCAGCAACAACAACAGCACAACCAACAUAUGGACAGCGUUCCUUUGGCGGAUUUAGACAGUUUGACCGAUGUCCUCCAGUUGCCCAACAACUGGCACCUGGAACUCGGCAAUUUGGACUUAAGCAAACUCGCCGAUGCCGAGUUCAAUCUGGACAUGCAAAACCAGAACACACCGAAUGCGAGCCAUUUCGAGUUUCCGGAUUACUCCACACCGGAAGUAACUGAAAUGAUCGAAGCUGAUUGGCUGGAGUCUGGACUUGGUACCUUAAUAUGUAAGCAAUAAAACAAAACUGACCAAUGGCAUAUAUAAUAUAUAUAUAAUAUAUAUAUAUAUAUAUAUUAUAUAUAUGAUAUAUAUA